GACCUUCGCCGCCGGUUUGGGCCGGGCCGGGAGGCUGAGCGGGGUUCCGCCGUAUCGCGGCAGCGAUCAUGUCGGCCCCGACGAUGGAGGAGAGGAAGGCGUGCUGGGCGGCACGCGACGAGUUCUGGCGGUGCCUGGACACGCACACGGAGGACGCGCCGCGGUGCGAGAAGCUGAGGCGGUCCUUCGAGUCCCUGUGUCCGCAGCAGUGGGUUAAAUACUUUGACAAAAGAAGGGAUUUUUUAAAAUACAAAGAGAAGCUGGAAACUGAAGGGUUUCAUCCUGCAGAAACUGAUGGAAAGUCAUAGGUGCUGUGCUUAUUAAAGUACAUCUACCCAGCAUAGAUCCGCAGCAGGAAGAAGUAGCAGAAAGCAACGCGACCUCUGGAGUUCAAGAACUGGUAACCCAUCCUCCUAUCCUGCAGUCUGCUGCCCCUGCUGCAAGGCCUCACCUGUCUGCUGAGAAAAGAUGGUCAUGGACAGCUUUUUCAUGAGUAUGAGAUGAGGAAAUACAGUGCAGGGCUGUUAACACACCCAAGGCUUACAGUUUGUAACUCCAGCCACUGUUAUGCAAGAAUAAAUGAUUAUGUGAUAGCAUUUAUUGUUCUUUUUAGAACAGGGACAAGUGCUUUUUUCUUAAAGUGCAUCAACUUUCCUUAAUAAAGCUUUUCCAACUUUG